UGUAUCGCUGUGGCAUUGGGACUUGAUGCUAUGGCUAUCCUCCGCGCUCUGUACUGGCAGCGCUGCUGCUACAUGCCGGCUCUCAGAGCCCUCCGUGGCCGGAGAAACCACCAGCUUCAAGCCCAGAGAAGAUUGCAUCAUGAUAUUAUUGAGGCACUGAAAGCAGCAGCAGGAGCUGAAAACGUUUCCACGGCAACUGCUGUCCGGGAGCAGCAUAGAAAAGAUGAAUCAUAUCAAAGUUGCAAACCUCCAGAUGCAGUUGUGUGGCCACAGAAUGUGGAGCAGGUCAGCAGAAUGGCUCGAAUCUGUUUCGAGAAUGAUAUCCCCAUCAUCCCUUUUGGUACAAGCACAGGGAUGGAAGGAGGAGUGCUCGCAGUGAAGGGAGGCAUAUGCUUCAACCUCAUGAAGAUGGAUAGAAUUGUGGAGCUCAAUACAGUAGAUUUUGAUGUGACAGUUGAACCAGGAGUCACCAGAAAAGGCCUCAAUAACUACCUUCGGGACAGUGGUUUGUGGUUUCCAGUUGAUCCAGGUGCGGACGCCUCACUGUGUGGAAUGGCAGCUACCAGUGCCUCGGGUACAAACGCGGUGCGCUAUGGGACAAUGAGGGAGAACGUGAUCAACCUGGAGGUGGUGCUGGCUGAUGGGAGAAUAAUCCACACGGCAGGAAAGGAACGAAGGUUUAGGAAGACAUCAGCUGGUUACAACCUGACCAAUCUCUUUGUCGGCUCUGAAGGGACUCUGGGAAUAAUCACCAAGACGACACUACAUAUCUAUGGAAUCCCAGAAAGCAUGAUCUCCGCGGUCUGCUCCUUUCCAACAGUGCAAGCAGCCUUGGACUGCACAGUGCAGAUACUACAGAGUUGCAUCCCCAUAGCAAGGAUAGAGUUCCUGGAUGAUGUAAUGAUCGAUGCUUGUAACAAAUACAGCAAUCUCCGCUAUACCGUUGCAUCAACAUUGUUCCUGGAAUUCCACGGCACUGAGAGGAGCGUGGAGGAACAGGUUCAGUCCACAGAGGAGAUAGUGAAGGCGAACAGUGGCUCCGAUUUCACUUGGGCAAAAGAUCAAGAAACGCGGAACAAACUCUGGCAGGCGCGGCACAGUGUGUGGUACGCCGCUCGUGCCAUACACCCGGGCUCUGAGGGUUAUUCCACAGAUGUUUGCGUCCCAAUUUCAAAGCUACCGGAAAUCAUCGUGACCACAAAAGAAGAUUUGGUGAGGUCAAAGCUUACAGGACCUAUUGUAGGCCACGUAGGAGAUGGGAACUUCCACUGUCUGAUGAUGAUGGACCCACAAGAUGAGGAUGAAUUGAUGAGGAUUAAAGAGUUCACCGAUAGAUUGGCCAGAAGAGCAUUGGCCAUGCAUGGCACCUGUACUGGGGAGCACGGUGUAGGCUUGGGCAAGAGGCAUCUCCUGGUUGAAGAAAUUGGUGCGGCUGGUAUGGAAGUGAUGAGGGAAAUUAAAGCUGCACUGGAUCCCAAAAACAUCAUGAAUCCUGGCAAAGUGUUGUAAAACAGGGGAUGCCCUUUCCCCAUCCAAAGAUCUCCACUUCCCUCUAGUCAGCAAAUCUCAGUGUCAUUGGGAUCGAUGCACAAACGAUGAAAUCCUUCUGAAGAAAGGAAUACAUGGGGAAGUCUUACAGAUGUCACACUACAGGCCACUGGAUUCUAAAGAAGGUUCAAUGCUUGAUAGCUAAAAGUUACUCCGGUUAGAAUUUGAGUAAUUCCUCAAUUGAUUUAUUACAAAUUAUUUGGUUUAUUAGAAAUUGUGUGUUUUGGAUACAAAAAAGUCAAAAUGUAGCAUGGAGCAUCUCAGAAGGAAUACAGACCUGGCCAACCAGGCUCUAAUAAACAAUUUGCAAACCAAAGUGAAUCAUCAGCAGCUUAAUCAUCAAAAGUUACUGUUUGAUUCUUUUAGUUUAAAACUGCCUUCAAUGAGGAAGUUUAUUUUUAAUCUGUCAUGUAAUGUUAAUAAUGCUCUAAAUAUUUGUGAACAAUAAAAACGUUACU